UACUUUAAUUUUAUUUUCUAUUUUAAAGUCCAAAGAUGAAGAUGAAGAAAUUGCUGCAGAUAUUAGUAGAACAUUAUUACAAACACAACAAUUACGAGAGAAAUCAUCUUUAAAUAUAAAAAAUCAAAAAUUUUUCAACAAACAUGAAUAUUAUCAAAAAACUGAAAAUAAGAAAAAAAAAAAGAUUCAAAAUUUAAAUGUUAACAAUAAGAACAUGCAUUUAAAACAAGAUUUUAAUGCUAUAAAACAAAAUAAUCAAAAUAUGAAAAAUGAUAAAGAAGUACAAAAUGAGAUAGAUACAUAUACAAUUAAAAAAACAAAGAAUAAUAAUCAAUUAUUAAUAAACUCAAUAAAAUUUACAGAAACUAAAAAUUUUCUUGCAAUAAAUAAAAGAAAUGUUAAAAAUAUUGAAAAAGUUAAUCAAUGCAAAAGCAUUAAUCAUAAAUUGGAAAAUAAAAUUAAAUCUAAUUGUUCCAUAAAAGAGUCAAAAUAUUGUAAAUCUGAUGAAAAAUGUUCUGCAACAUCAAUUAGUGAAUUGAAAAAUCUAAUACAAAAAAUGUCAAUUAAAUCUAAUGAUUGUACACUGAUUAACAAGUGUAAUAUAAAGUGUCCAUUACAUGAAAAUGCAAUUUCUCAAUGUACUUCUGACCAGAAAAUAAUAAUUGGUACUAUUAUAGAUAACUUUAAUAGAAAUAAUAUUUCAGAAGAAAUAAUUAAAUCAUUAAAAAUUUACCAUACUUAUUUAAAUAUUGAUUUUACAAAAAAAUUAUUUAUUCAAAAACAUCAGAAAAUAUUACAUAUAUUUUUGAUAGAAUUUAAUAAAAUGAAUGAAAUUGUAAAAAAAAAAUCAGUACAUAAAAAUAUUUCAUCUAUAUUCUCCGAAUCAAUAACUUUAUUUGAAUCUCUUUUUUCUAAAAAUAUUAAAGUAUUUAAUUUAAAAGAUAUUAGAGCAAUGUAUGCAAAAUUAAAUUCUGCAUGGAAAAUGUACGAAGUGAAAAAAUUUAAUAAUAAAUAUAUUUUAAAAAAUGAAUCAUACAAAGAAUUAUCUGUUAUUUCUAAUGUGACACAAUAUAUGUCAAAUGGAAUUUGGAAUUUAUUUUAUAAUAGCAAUUUUGAAGGAAUGUCAGAAAUAUGUUGUAUACGUUAUACAAAUAAAGAUCAAUUAUUAUUAUUCUUUGAUAUAAUGCAAAAAUUUCAAUAUAUACAAUAUUAUAAUGAUUUAAUUAAAAUUAUUAUAGAAGAUAUACUUCCUAACAUGAAGAUCUUCUUUGAUUAUACACAAUUGGAAUAUGUGAAAAUUUAUAAAAUGAUUUUUAUUCUCUAUCAAGGUUUAGAUCCAAAAAUUCCUAUUUUAGUAAGAAUUAAUAAAUAAAAAUUAUGAUAAUCGUUAUUAUUAUAAAAUUAUCUAGAAAGAGAGUGAAUGAGUGAAUGAGUGAGAGAGAUAGUGAAAGAAAUAUAUAUUCGUUACUAUAGCAAUUAGAAAACACAAUGGAUAUUAUUUUAUAAAUACAGUGUAUAAUUUUAUAAAUUAAUGAAAUAUUUUAAUAUGAUUUUUAAUGUCAAUAAAUGUAAUUAAUUAUAAUUGA